GGGGAGGAGACGCACGCGGCGCAGCGGAGGAUCGGCCCGCACUGCGCUGGACGGCGAGCAGAGCCGUUGCCGUGGCGGUCGCUUUGCCUUUUCUGAAACCAGCGCUCACAGAGUUACCAAGCCAACGUGGGGACACAACAUCGAUGUGUGCCAGGAUAGCUGUGCGCAACAGCAGUGUUCAAGUCACUACAAGACUUUUGACAACUACUGUGACACGUGCAACACGUUGGGGUGCGGGGAGUGCAUCCUCUCGGCGCAUCGCUCCCACCAGUCGUGCACGCUGCUUGCCAAAGAUGCAGAGGUGAAGGAGACGCUGAAGACCCGCCUGGCUGGCAUGAGGGAGCUUCGAAGUACCCUUGAAAAGCGAAGGGCGAGCCUGCAGGAGAGAGUGGCGGAGGUAGAGACGGAGAUGUUGGCGGCACUGGAUCGUAUCACAGCCCUGUGCAAGCAGCAGCAGGAGAUCUUAAAGGGCUACUUCUCGAGACAGUUGGAGGUAGCUCAGUUGAAGUAUAACGUGUACAAGCGCGAGCUGCUGGGUCACCUGAACAACGUGACACUCAUGGAGAUGAGGCUGGCGCACCUCGACAGCUUCGCCCAGCAGCUGAUGGAGAACGGUCGGCCGCUGACGCUAAUCAACAACUCGAGACAUGUCAUCGGGAUAACUAAACGACUUAAAAGUGUGGAUAUGAACCCCAAGAUGGAAAACAAACUUCCUAAGCUGCAAAUGCGUCGGGUCGUGCCAUUUGACAGGAUUGGUGACAUGAUGUGCUCGUGCUCGUAUGUGCUCUUCGACGGGGCGUUCUGCAUCCAGCCGAUGGAGAAGUCCGCGUUUUGCAAGGCCCUCCUGGACGUCACGCACCACGUCCUGACGCAGGAACUCAACAUGGGCUCCGACUUCGGCUUCAGCUUCCUCAGGCUGCUGUUCCAGACCAUCUGCAAUCUGGAACCAAUUCGACCGGAGCUGUUGAAGAUGAUAAACGUCCUGCACACCAGGACGACUCUGCGCGCGCGGGGCGAGCCUGAUGCGGGCCGGGGGCCGACGCCCAGCACGCCGGCUCUGCAGCACCAGCCGGGGGCCGCCGCUGCGCUCUCGGGGACCUCCCAGGAGGAGGAGCAGGAGGUGUCGCGGCUGGCCAGGUGGCUCGCCGCGUCCACCGCCGGCGACCAGCAGUCGCCACCAGCGCGCGACCUAUGUCAGCGGCGACUGCAUCAGAGGCAGCAGCAGCAGCAGCAGCAUCUGCAGCCGCCUCCCUCGUAUCAGCCAGCACACUUUCAGCAGCGCCCGCGGUAUCAACAGCCGCAGCAGCUUCCUUCGUUUCCGCGUCUGCCGCCGUCGUCAUACCAGAACCUACAGCAGCAAUUCAUGCGGGAUCAGAACCUACAGCAGCAAUUCAUGCGGGAUCAGAACCUACAGCAGCAAUUCAUGCGGGAUCAGAACCCACAGCAGCAAUUCAUGCGGGAUCAGAACCUACAGCAGCAAUUCAUGCGCGAUCAGAACCCACAGCAGCAAUUCAUGCAAGAUCAGAGCCUACAGCACCAAUUCAUGACGUCAGAGGCCGUGAUCAGAGAGCGGCCCGCCCAGACAAUGUCUUGGGCGGGGAGGACGGCCACGGCGGCGCCGCACUCGUGGAACAGCACGCCGCGACCGCUAGCACAGCCGACUCCGGGGCGACAGACGCCGGCGUUGCCUGCUCAGGCUGCUCAGCUCCGGGCGUCGCCGUCGUCCGAGCGGUGGCAGCCGGCGCGAGAAGGCGCGGCAGCGGCGCAGCGCGUGGCGACCGAGCCGGAGCCUCCAGAGCCGACCAUCACCUGGCACAGCCCUGCCACACCCCAGCCGUCCCGGCCGACCCGCCAGCUCUCGCUGGACAAGGAGUUCCGGGUACCGCUGGGCAGAAAACGGAUGCUCUCCGACGAUGAGGACGAGGAGAACGACGCCGAAGCGGCCCAGGGGUCGUCGAGGACGGGCCGGUCAGCGGAGGCCGGCGGUCGGACGAGGACGCCACCUGCUCUGGGAGAUAUCGGCCGAUCCAUCGGCGAGGCGCUCGCUCCGGGUGCCCCCCAGACCGGCGUCUCCAGCGGCGAGGCGCUCACUCCGGGUGCCCCCCAGACCGGCGUCUCAAGCAGCGAGGCGCUCACUCCGGGUGCCCCCCAGACCGGCGUCUCAAGCGGCGAGGCGCUCGCUCCGGGUGCCCUCCAGACCGGCGUCUCGAGCGGCGAGGCGCUCACUCCGGGUGCCCCCCAGACCGGCGUCUCCAGCGGCGAGGCGCUCACUCCGGGUGCCCCCCAGACCGGCGUCUCAAGCUGCGAGGCGCUCGCUCCGGGUGCCCCCCAGACCGGCGUCUCCAGCGGCGAGGCGCUCACUCCGGGUGCCCCCCAGACCGGCGUCUCCAGCGGCGAGGCGCUCGCUCCGGGUGCCCCCCAGACCGGCGUCUCAAGCAGCGAGGCGCUCACUCCGGGUGCCCCCCAGACCGGCGUCUCAAGCAGCGAGGCGCUCACUCCGGGUGCCCCCCAGACCGGCGUCCCGAGCGGUGAGGCGCUCGCUCCGGAUGCCCCCCAGACCGGCGUAUCCAGCGGCGAGGCGCUCACUCUGGAUGUCCCCCAGACCGGCGUCUCCAGCGACGAGCCGACUUUGGCGACGGCCGCUACCGAUAGCGCGUCGCCGCUGCGCAUUAGCGAGAUUUUCUCGCUGAGCGACCCGGUCGGCGCCAUGCCGACAGUGGGCCGCUCGCCCUCCUCCGACCCCCUCCAGGCUCUGAACGACGCACUGGACGCGUUAAUGGGCGACGCCUCGCCGCCGGCUGAACGGACCGCGCCGGGCUCGCCGCCGGCUGAACGGGCCGCGCCGGGCUCGCCGCUGUCGCGGGGCUCGCGCUCCCAGAGCAAGGACUCUUCGUGCAGCGUUGAUGAGGCUUCGUCGCUCGCCAACGCAGGGAAAAACAGCGCCUCGGCGACCAUGACAGUUCCGGGUGUCCUGGCCACGGACGAAUUUAUUCUGCGCAACUGCGCGCCCCCAGACCACGCCGAUCGGCACAGUUCAUCCGAGGAUGGUGCCGAAGAGUCGCUGGACAUAGAGCUGUGCGUCGAGGAGCCGCCAGAGGCGCCGCCAGAGCGCGGCCGCCCGUCCCCCAACGUCAGCUACUGCGUGCUGUGCUGGGACGGCGGCGAGCUGCUGCUCUGCGACUACUGCGAGCGCGCCUUCCACCGUGAAUGCUACGUCGGUCCUGCGGACCACUCUGACAGGGGGCCGUGGCAGUGUCUGAUGUGCCGCGUUAUGCCGACCCCCACGAGUCCGAUGGAGCGGCGCGUCGGUGACCAGAUGAGCACAGAGGACAUGACGUUAGCCCGUCGUUUGCUGAUGGAGCUCUAUGCAGCGUACUAUUCGUCCAUGUACUUCAAAAGCCUGGAGAAUCUAUCGCUGAGGCGCUCAGAGAGCACAUUUUCCCGGCGUUGGGUGAAACAUAUUCAGACGCGGGCUGAGACCGAAAUGGGGAAGGGCUUCAGCAAGGAGACGGCCUUCUACUCCAGUAUGCACAUCAUCUGCCAACCAUUGAGGGAGAUCAUUGAGUAUGGGAAGAUCGCACGACCCACCUGGCUGGACCAGGUCAGGGACCGGCUGGUCGCAGAGGGCCUCUCCACGCUCAUGGGCUGGCUCCGCGACCUGGAGACGCUCGUGGAUAACAGCACAUCCUCGGAGAACGGCUCGCCUGUCCACAAGUACCUGGAGGGGACGAGAGAGGCAUUCAAGCAGUUCAUGCUGCAGCACUUGCGCGUCGCCUGGCUCGAGUUGGACGCGAUGUCAGACGAGAAAUGGCGGCCAGCCGACUGUCCGGAUGAGGCCAACAAAACAAAGUCAAAGACAUAGUGCCCCAAGGUACGCUGCGCUGUUAAGAAAUAGAGAUAGAAAUGGAGAAGUCGCGGUAGGGGGUAUGACGUCACUACGCAAGGCUGGUACAACAUCACUGUCCCGGUGUGAUGUGAUGUGAUGUGAUGUGAUGUGAUGAUGUGAUGUGAACCGGACCCAGAUGUGAACCGGACUAUGUCAAAUAUCUCAGGCCUUAUAUCAUUCAGAUGUGAAGAUGUGGUGGACGAUGGUCUUUGGGAGGAGAUUGAUCGUGAUGAGAUGGUCCAUGGGAGGAGAUUGAUCGUGAUGAGUCGAGAAGAGAAGUCGCCUGUGUCGCCAGCCGAGUGACUGCGUGCGCACACUUACCAUGUCUGGAUUAGUGAAGGCGUGUGCCUCUGUUUAUGCGCUGAUUGUAUGGGCUGUGUGAUACCGCUGAAUCGCCAUUAUUAUGUCACCAUCGGCUGAGCGUGUAGUUGCUGGGCAAAGCGAACAACCGCAAGGAACGUGGUGACGAGGGUUCUGCAUCUGUGAUAUCGGCCAUAAGGCGAGUGCUAUCCAAGACCUGUUCCUGUCGCGAUUCGCAUUUCGUUGCUUUGUAUUCAGAUAUUAGCCUUUGAUACUCAGACGCGUGUUCCGCUGGCGGGUAGCCAGUGUGGGAAGAUGUGCCCAGAUGCGCCCUCAGCCUGUUCCGCCAGGCAGACGUUGACUGUUUAAUAGAAAAAGAUCGACCCUCGAGGUCUUGCCAUUCUUGGGCAAUGCAAAGAUCUUGAGAUUCGCAGCUACUGUUUUUAAUCGCAGGGUACUGCGAGUGUCGGAUCGCUCCCCGUGCUGCGGGACUGGAAGGUUUACAA